AUGUUCCUCUCUAUAGUGGCCUUUGUCCUAACUAAAGCUCUGCUCACAGCAGAGGUUUGCCAUGCUGUAAAUGUGACGGUGACACCGGGCCCUGUUGUCAUGGUAACGGAGAGGGACAACUUGACCCUGUCCUGCCUUGUGUCUCAGCGCAAAAGGAGCAACAGUGUCCUCAUCCUGCGCUGGUUCUUCUCCCCUCCAGUGUCCCCUCCAGUGUCCCCCACGGACUCAACCCACCAUUCUUCCCCGGAGCCAAAUCAGUUUCUCAUCGCCAAACUGGGAAUCAAGAAAAUUAAGCUCUAUGGAAACUACACGCGCAGUUUCCCCCGGCCCAAGUUUCGCUUGUUCGAGGAGCAGGAGGGCGAGGUAUUCCGCCUGUGGAUAUUGAAUGUGUCCAGGACUGACCAAGGACAGUACAGCUGCAGAGUUCAGGAGAUCCACAAACUCAGAAACACAUGGAGGGCCUCUUCUAAUGGCACAAGCAGCACACAACUUCUGGUGCAUUUUACCCCCGAAGAGAGCACAGGGGAAGGACUGGGGCAGUGGUUUGCAGAUGUGCACUUGGGGGCUGUGCUGAUCUGCUGUCUGGGCCUUUUAUCCAUUUUUCUCUUCACUGUGGUCCUCUCUUGCCAGUACUUUUACCGGAGACACAGACCCAGAAACAGCUAUCUUUUUGUCAAGUGUCCCGAAAGCAGCUCAGGCGAAACUGUGACUAGUUCCAGCAGCUCCUCCAGCUCCUCCCCAAAAGCCCAAAGAAGAGAGACCAGGCCCACGAUACCUGCCAGAACAAAAGCACCACCUAAACUUCCGCUGGAGCCUCCACCGCACUCACCACACAAGGUUUUGGGCUUGCCUCAGAGGGUGGAGGAGUCUUUUCAGUGUCAGUCACUGUUUUCCGAGAUGAAGUUUCGACCAGACGUUUACAGAAGACUCCGGCACAGCGUGAUCCGCGGAGGAUCCAUGGCCCCUGUUGCUGCAAAGAGACCCCAAAAGCCAAAAAGGUCAAAGCUUCUGCAACAAAGAGCAGCUAAUGACAAUUUGACUUAUGCAGAGCUGGAGCUGGUCCGACCAAGACCCGACCCGUCGACCGUCGCAACUGUUGAACCUGCAUCUUCCGACACAGACACUGUUUACGCUCAGAUCCUCUUCCAGGAAAAACAGGUGUAA